CUGAGGUUCUCCAGUUUGGCUAAAAAUUCAACUGAAAAUCAGUUCUGGGUUCUGAGUUUGACUACAGCAAUAUGAAGGCAGAAGACAAAUUUCAGAUACUGAAAUUCCUUAUAAUGCUGGUCAAUUCCUUUUUUGGGAUUCUUGGGAUCAGCAUUUUUGGAUGCUCUGCUUGGAUCUUAUUUGACAAAAGCAGCUUCAUAUCUGUGUUAAGUAGCGAGGAAAAUGUUAAAUUCGUGGCUGGAGGGCUUUUUCUUAUUGGUCUGGUUGUCGUGGGCGUCUCCCUGUUGGGCUGUGUUGGUGUCCACAUAGAAAACAGAUGUUUCAUUGUAUUUUACUUGUGCUUCUUACUCACCAUUGUUCUGGGUCAAGUUUUUAUCACCUUCUUUCUGUUGUUAAAAAGGAACCAAAUUGAGAGGAUUUUGAAUGAAAGUGUAGAUGACAUCAUCAGCAAGUAUGGAGGAAGUAACUCUCAAACAGCAUGGAGUCUUCUAGACAGUGUGCAAAAAUCUGCAGAGUGCUGUGGCAGAAAGAAUCCCAGUGAUUGGCAGACAAACGCACUUCUUCAGGUCCAGAACAUGUCUGAUAUUUACCCCUGCUCCUGCUUCAAUGGUACCUGCUCCCUAGUCCUUUCCAAGGAGAUUUAUGAGUUUGGAAAUGGCUCACACAUCUACACAAUGGGCUGUGGAGAGAAGCUGAAUUACUGGUUUGAACAGAAUGUGUUUGUGAUAGUGGGCAUGGACGUUGGUCUCCUAGUCAUUCAGGUUGUGCAGUUUGCCCUGGGAGUUCAAAUCUACUGGACCAUCGGUCUCAAGAUGAAAGAACAUCACUCUAGGAAUCUGCUGGAUGCAGCAGAGCAAAGCAUGCCAUCAGACGCUGCUGUUCGGCACAGUGAUCAGGACUACCACCAGCCCAACGAUCACAGGCUGGAACAGUGGCUCCAGAAUGGUGGAGAAUGUCAGGAAUAUGCUGAGAAGAGUUAUGACCAAUAUCAAGAUCAGCAUUCCCGAGCCCAAAGUAACCCUGAGCCCAGCAGUCACAUAUACAAACAGAAGAACAACGAUGCAUAUGAUCAAGAAGACACUAGAAAGACCUUUGGCCAGUAUGAAGAUUGGCUUUCCCAACACUAUGAUGAUGUCGACUACCCACAGACCUCCAAUGGCCUUUAUAAUAAGGGCUAUAUUCAAAAUGAUGACCACAGAAAUAAUUAUUACUACUCCUAAACCCAAAGAGGAUUUUAUACAUUCUAGAAAAAUGCACAGUGUCUGACCAGAUUGUUUCAUUUGCUUAUUUUCUCUUUCAAUAUGUGUACAAAGAAUAGACGAAUGAAUCUUAGCUUUCUGUUCAUUAAGGUAUUGUACAAAAUUUCAUUGAACAUUUAAAUGCUUCUGUAACUUAGUACUUUAUUUAUAUUGCCAGAUUAUUAGUUUUAAAAUGUUAAUGAAUAAUGUGAUAGUAUCUGUCAUAUUGACAGGUGUGCAUAGUGCAAGCCUUUGGCAAACUGCCAUGGAGUCAGGAUUAGUGGGUAGUAAUCUAACCUCAUGUUUAAUCCAAGCCCAAGCACCCAUUUCAGAUCGACAAAGUGACUUUGGGUUCACAUCAAGAAUAUUUUGAAUUGGUAUCAAAAUAGCUCAAUAUCUAAUGAAUACAGCUUUUUUAAAAUUCAGUAGUAUUUACUAAUACUAAUGAAUACAGAUUUUGAGCCUUACAUUACAACAUUUAAAGUAGGAUAGAUAAAUAGAUUGUUUUAAUGAAAAGAAAACUCUUUUGAGAAGUUUAUACACUUGAUUCCUUCAAAAAAAAAAGUG